GGCACAGCUGAGUUCAAGGCAACAUGCUGUGAUGUCACUUACCGGAUGAACCCGCAGCUGCAGUUGUUUCACGUCAAAACAAUCCGGAAGAUGAUACAGCAUGAAGGAACUGCUGCUGGACCUUUGAAGCUUAGUUGUUUUAAGGGCGGUAGUGGAACUUAAACAUGUUCUCGGGUAGAAGACAAACAUAGCGACUCAGGUGAAGGUUGUGCACGGUUUUAUAAGUCUGAAAACAGUAAAGUCGCGGGAUUUGGACUCAAAGUCCAUGUUAAAAUAUCCUAGCAGUGUUAGCUCACCGCAGACUGGUACAGAGGCAUCAUGGGAAACGGAAUGAACAAGGUUGUCGAUGGGCUCUACCUUGGGAACAUAAGAGAUGCAGAAAACAGAGAAAGCCUUUCUAAGAAUGGCAUCACCCACAUCCUGUCGGUGUACAACAAUGCUAAACCUAUGUUUGAGGACAUGACGUAUCUUUGUAUUCAUGCAGCUGAUGCUUCCAGCCAGAACCUAUUACAGCAUUUUAAAGAGUGCAUCAGCUUCAUCCAUGAAUGUCGCCUGAAUGGUGGAUCUUGUCUCGUUCACUGCCUCGCAGGUGUGUCCCGCAGCACUACCAUGGUGGUGGCCUACCUGAUGACUGUCACCCACUACAGCUGGGAUGAGUGUCUGUCUGCAGUCAAGGCUGUUCGCUCCUUUGUCGGCCCAAACUAUGGCUUCCAGCAGCAGCUGCAGGAGUACCAGACGACACAAGUCUCAGAGUACCGAACAUGGUUACGGUCCAGUUUCCGUCCCAGUCCAUUCAAUGACCAGGAGCAGGUGGGUUCCCUGCUGAGCCAGUACACAGAGCAACAAGAGAGCCAGAGGAGAGGAGCAGACCGACGCUGGAUAAAUCAGGAUAUGGUUGUCUCUGCUCUGCCGUCAGAACCAGCCGAUCCUGAAGGCAGCAGCUGAAACAUGGGCUGCUGAUCAUGCUAAAGUCCUGCCAAAGGCUGUCAGUAAAUGGCAGUAUCAUUCUGUACUCAAUUCCAAAUCAACCCCAAGUCGUAUCCAAAUUUAAGGCCUUUGUACAACUCUGAAAGCAUAAGAUGAAAUAUCUACCAUACUUCAAUUACAGCUGUCUAAUCAUUUUAAUCAAUGGUUGAUUUUGAAUUGGGCUACAGACUCUUAUCGACUACCAGUUCCUUCCUUUGUUCCCUUAACUAAGCACAGUCACAACAGGUGUGCUUUUCUGACGCCUUACUCAAAACCCCUCAGCACCUUAGCCAUGAUGAAUAAACCACACUCCCAUGUGCACUCUUUACACCUGCAUUGUUCAGUUUGGUAGCCUUAAAUAAGUGACUGAUUAUGCUGCCUUAAAGAAACAAUUUGUCUCCAAUUAUGUGGAUGUCUAGUCUAAACUGGUGGACAAUGAAAUCCCCAUAAAUGUUACUCUGACAUGUACCAGUUUGUUUCCUGUCCAGGCUCUUAAUGGUUCACUCUUUGAUCAACACUGAAGCUGGGGAAGUUGGCAUGGUGAAAACACUAUUGACAUUUUAUUUACCAGUAAAAUAUACAGUAACCAAAUAAUGGUUACGGUGUUGUUAGCAAAUACGCUUUUUCACUUCCAUAUGUAUUGAUAGUGGUGGUCAGCUGGGGGAGGGAAAAGCUGUGAGUUGACUCUGUUAGUUCCGGGCAACUCUGUCUCAGCCAACAAACCUGCUGCUGAGUUAUCUCUGAGAGGACAGAAGAAAAAAGUAAAACAGCCAAACACUCUGUAGUUUGUCUACCAUCAACUGUUGUCAAAUGAGGUUUGAGUCAUUUGUGUGUUAACUAGGCAGCUUCAGUUGUAGAGAACAUGGGUUUAUACCAUGGCCAUUUGAGGACAUGCAACUAGGAGUAACACCUGGAGUAAGUUUAAAAAAUGGUAAAAUAUUCCUUUAAGUAACACAUAGCAGUUUUAAUUGUGAAGCUACAUAAAGUGUUGCUGAAUUAAACUACAACUACAUAUGAAGAAUCUCUGCUGUCCAAAUGCGAAAGUCUUCCUGAUUUUACUGAAGCUCUGAUUUAUCUUUUUAUCGUGACAAAGCUGAUUCAUACAUUAUGUGUGUUAUAGAUUAAUGGAUAUAGCUAAUCUUUUAAUUGUGUAUUUAUGGUGUUUUUUUUGUUUGUGUUUUAUAAUAAAAUGCAGUGGUUGACAAAAAAAAAUGGAAAUGCCAAUAAAUCUGUAC